AUGGCUAGCUAUAAAGUGGAAGAAAUUCCCGGUCCUCAGCUAGACCUGGGAGAAGGUCCACAUUGGGACAGUCAAACUCAAAGUUUGUAUUACGUCAAUCUGUUUGAAGCUACCAUCUACCGCUUGGAUCAUCAGUCGAAUAAAGUGUACAGCGCUAAAGUCGAGGGUUGCACUUAUGCAUCCUUUAUUAUUCCGGUGAAGGGCAGGAUCAACGAGUUCGUAAUAGGCGAUGGAACAAGGCUGCUUUUGAUCAACUGGGACGGUUUGUCGGACCGAGCAAAGGUCGUAAGCUGUUUGGCUGAUCUAGCCCAGGAAGCCGCUGGUCAUCGGUGGAACGAUGGAAAAGUCGAUUCUCACGGAAGAUUGUAUGCAGGUGUGAUGAUCACCGAAAACGGGGGAAAUCCUUUCGAAGUGAAUUCUGGAAAAUUUUACAGAUUUGAUAGCAAGAGUAGAACUUUUGUACAACAGCUAGACAAUUUGUACAUUUCCAAUGGUCUUGCGUGGAAUGACAAAACUAAAAAGUUUUACUACGUCGAUUCUGGUGCACAUGAUAUCAAAGAGUUUGACGUGGAUAAAAAUGAAAACCUUGCUGCUGGCAAUGUAUUCUUUGACUUGAAAGAAAAUGGGAAGAAACCAGUUCAUUUUUUCGACGGAAUGACAAUUGACGCUGAAGGGAAUCUCUUUGUGGCAGUCUUUCAUACAGGGAAAGUACUUAAAAUUAAUCCUAAAGGUCAAGUCACUCAGGAAAUCAACGUUCCCGCAAAACAAAUCACAUCUGUCGCUUUUGGAGGCCCAAAAUUGGAUGAAUUAUAUGUAACCACGGCGAAGCGAUUGGUACUGAAACCGCAAGAUCCUCCUGCAGGAGCUACGUUUAAGAUUACCGGUCUAGGGGUAAAAGGAACACCAAUGAAUUCAAUAGCGUUGUGA